AUGUCAUAUGCCCCACGAGGUCGUGGAAAUCGCUCUGGAGGCUACCAAAGACAGCUGUACCAGAAUAGGCCAGUAAACAACAAUUCAGCUUACCUGCGACGGCCAUACGAACGCAGAGGUCCACAACAGAAUUACAACCAAAACUACUCAAGCCAAAAUUACCCCAAUUAUUCCAGCCAGAAUCACCAGCCAGGCCAUAAUCAGUAUCAGAAACAGUAUCUGGACGUACAAAAGCCGAGAAAUGAGAAUCAGGUAUGGAUGGGAGACUUGGAUCCUCGCUGGAAUGAGCAAGCGAUUGCCGAUAUAUGGUCUCAAAUAGGUGAAAGUCCGGUUUCCAUUAAAAUUAUGAAGGACGGAAGAGAACCUGGGGGUGGUUACUGCUUUGUUUCCUUUGCCAAUGCCAAUGCCGUACAAACUGCGCUUACUUAUAACGGCUCACCGAUUCCUAAUUCUUCAAAGCAUUUCAAGCUCAACAUAGCAUCACGAGGCAAGAAUACUGCAACAGAUAUUCAGCGAAAUUCCAAGCCCGCUAAUGAUUUCUCGAUAUUCGUUGGGGACCUUGCCAUGGAUGUGUCUGAACCUAUUCUUUACGAAGCUUUCAAUUCGUUAUUUCCUGACCAAGUAAAGCAGGUAAAAAUCAUGAUGGACAAUUCAACGAGAGCAUCUAAAGGGUUUGGUUUUGUUCGUUUCUUCGAUGCAAACACACAAGCAAAAGCAUUAACUGAGGCUAAUGGAAUGGUCGUAGGUAGUCGUGCCAUCAGAGUUGGCAUGGCUGCUGGAUCCAAUAAACCUCAACCAGUCACUAACAUAGUCCAUUCAGACCGAUUAGCAUCGCCUGCCAUCGAAGAAGAAGUCAAGCUUCCGAAACAUGCCAGGUUCUCCGAUCCUACGAAUAAUACUAUUGUCGUUCAUGGAUUGUCUGGUAAAGUCACCGAAGAAGAACUCGCAUUGCAUUUGUCCUCGUUUGGGGAAAUCUUAUAUUGUACAUUAUCGUCAGAUUUCGAUUCUGGCUACGUCAAAUUUUACAAUCGGCAGGAUGCUGAAACUGCAAUUUUUUUCAUGUAUGGUCAAAUCAUCAACGAUUGUCGCAUUCAAGUAUCAUGGGGUCAUGGCGAUGUUCCUUCUUCCGAAACUUCAAAGUUGACCAUGGCUCCUGCCACCUCCAAAUACAACCCGCCACAACCUUUACCCGAAAAGUAUGGAGUUUUCCAACAACCUCAUUUAAUAUAUGAAAAGUCGGACGAGCUACCAUUGAUCGAGGAGAGCGAGCCUCAAACCGUGAGUGCUAUAAACGAGCACUACCUUUCUCGAAAAAGGGGAUAUCAGAAAAUACUCAAAGAAGCUCAAUUGUGA